AUGAUCGGAAGCAAAAUGUCUUCUUUUCAAUCGUUCUUCAUGCUCAAGGCCAGAAUGUUGUAUCAUUGUAAAGGGUUGGAUAAAAGGUAUUUUGAAAAAUGUCAAAAGAUUGCCUAUGAAUCGAGAGGACAUUUCAGAAUUACUGCCUUUGAUAUAAUGUGGAAUGAGAGUGGAUACAGGGAUAAGACAUUUGAUUUAAGAUAUGACAAAAUGAAUGAUGAAUUUAAAAUGGGAAUAUUAUAUGAAAAUAAUAGAAAAUUAAAGAGUUUGAUGAAGAUUUCAUUAAUGGCUGAUGGACAUAUUGUGGCCAUUGAUUUGGAGGAGUAUCAAUAUUCAACUAACUCCAAAAAAUACAUUGAAACAAUGAGAGAGCAUUUUCUUAUUGCAAAAAUGAGUGGAAAACAUUGUAUGAUAAUUGUAAAUAUUUCAGAAUUUGAUAGAACAUUUGAAAAACUUAAUGAUUUGAUGGAAGAAAUUCAGAAAAUUUUGAAGGAAUUUUCCAUGUCAAAUAUUCACAUUGUUGGUAUUCAAGGUAAUUCCAAUUUCUCCAAAUUGGAUCCAUUUGAAAGGAUGCCUCAUCCAUUGUUUUCCAAAUUAACUUGUACCGAAGCAAUAAUUGAAUUCAGAAAGGAAAUUGUGAAAGAAAUUGAAAAUACUCAGAUUACCCAAAAUAAUGAAGGAGACAGUUUAGUGUAUGCAGUUAUGGGAAAGGAGAAAAUAGGAGGGAUUGGAACUACAGUGAUUGGAAGAGUAAUUUCUGGUUCUAUUCAAUUUGAUCAAGAGGUAAAAAUUACAGAAACAAUUCUCUCAAAUGUGAAAAGCUUAGAAAUAUUUCACGAGAAUCAAACCAAAGUGAAUAGAGGAGAUUUUUGUGGGGUGGCAUUGAAAAAUGUUAGAAUGGUUGACAUUACAAGAGGUAGUUUGAUUGGAAUAGAUCCAAGUCAUACAUUUGAGGCCAUAGUUUACAUAACACACUCACCAAAGAAAGGAUGGAAAGUUGGAGUGACACCCAUAGUAUUUUCAACUUGUGUGGGGGAGGCCUGUAGAGUUAUUGAAAUAGUGGAAAGGUUGAACAAAAAGACAAAGACCCCUCUUGUUUCCAAACCAAGCAAUUGUAAAGAAAACGAAUUAGUUAGAUUGAGAUUUAGUUGUCAUAAGGGCAUUCAACUAUUCAGUGAGGAACGAUGGAGAAGAAUCAUUUUAAUUCACAAUAACAAAGUCAUGGGAGGUGGUUUUAUUACCUUGGUUGGUGGUACUCAUUACAAUGAGAAUAAAUAA